AUGUCUGACGACGGUUUCGGUGGAGGAGGAGGAGGCGACGACUAUGACUACGAUGGUCCGGGAUUCAAUGAGGAGCAGCCCUUUGGUGAUAACUAUGACCUUCUUGCUACAGAGGCACAAGAAGGCGAAACCGCGGAAGGCGUACAGGUGAACGGGUUCGAGGGAGUGAAUGGUGUAGAACAGGAUCAGGAGAUGGUGAAUGGGGAGUCCUCUCAACAGGCCCAGCAGCAGGAUGCGAACGCUACAGGCGCAGGAAUGCGCGGGGAGCGACAGCCGAACAAAUUGAGAGUGACAACGCCCUACUUAACAAAGUAUGAGCGGGCAAGGGUGUUGGGGACAAGGGCGCUUCAGAUAAGUAUGAACGCACCUGUACUAGUACCUCUGGACGGCGAGACGGACGCAUUGCAGAUCGCCAUCAAGGAACUCUCGCAACGAAAAAUACCGCUCAUCAUCAGACGGUACCUCCCUGAUGGGAGUUUCGAGGAUUGGAGUGUCUCUGAGUUGAUCAGCGAUUGA